AAGGGAAAGGUGGGGAGAAUGGGUCUUGCCUUGAGGAAGGGCCCCCAAUGUCUUGUUGGUGUUUUAAACUUAUCUUGGAAUAGCCAGUUUUUUGGACAACCUCUUGUGUGAAAAGGCCUCCCUGGAGAAAACAGUGGACAUUCAGAAGGAUGUUUCUGGUGCUGUAUGUUCCAGUUCUGUGGUGGUCUUUCCUUCUUUUGGUGGAUUGUCAAGAAGUCACCACCUUCAACGUGCAGUAUCAGGUGCUGGAGGAAACUCAGCCUGGGACUGUGGUGGGAAGGUUGCCUGACGAACUGGGCUGGACAGAGGAUGGCCAGACUGCAGGAUCCUUCCAGUUGCUACAGCCCUCCCCUCUGCUUCCCAUACAGAUGGACUCUCAGGACGGCUUGCUGUGCACCUUGGGGAGGCUGGACAGGGAGCAGCUUUGCCCACAUAGAGACCUCUGUAUCAUCUCCUUCAGCGUGCUAGCUGCCAGAUACCUAGCCCUGAUCCACGUGGAGGUUCACGUCUUGGAUAUUAAUGACAACGGGCCUCAGUUUACCCAAAUGGCACUGGAGCUGGAGAUAUCCGAAAGCGUGCUGUUACAGACACGAAUCCCUUUGGAUCGAGCUGUCGACCCUGACGCUGGCUCAAACGGUCUGUGUUCCUACCUCUUGUCACCCAGUGAGCACUUUGCCUUGGAGGUAACCGUCGGCUCUGAUGGAGCGCAGCAGGUGGAGCUUGUGGUUGUGAAAGAAGUGGACAGAGAGCUCUACUCCUCUUUCCUUUUGACGGUGACUGCUGUCGAUCAUGGCGAGCCCCCUAGAUCCGGGAGCGCCUUUGUGAGGGUGGCCGUGUUGGACUCCAAUGAUAACAGCCCGACAUUUACCCAGAGUUCUGUGACUGUUGAAAUCAGGGAAGACGCGUUGCUGGGGACUCUUUUGGUCAACCUCACUGCCACGGAUCCUGACCAAGGCCCCAAUGGAGAGAUCGAGUAUUCCCUCAGUAAACACACUCCUGUGGAGGCGCUUAGAACAUUUGCUAUCGAGAGCCGGACAGGCCGUGUCUUCUUGCAGCAGCAGCUGGAUUAUGAGAAGGAAGCUACCUAUGAGGUGGAUGUACAAGCCCGAGACCACGGAGCGAAUCCCAUUCCAGCCCACUGUAAGCUUUUGGUCCGUGUUAUAGAUGUCAAUGACAACUGGCCUGAUAUUCAUGUCAUCUGGGCUGGGCAGGCAGCCGUGGUGUCAGAAGCUCAGCCUAAAGACAGCUUUGUUGGUCUGGUGACUCUCUCUGACCCAGAUGCAGGUGAUAAUGGGAAGGUGGAUUGCUCUAUUAGCCAAGGGACUGAGCAUUUCUCCUUGAGGAGGAUCGAUCCCAGCAGCUACAUGCUGCUCACGAAGGCCCCUCUGGACAGGGAGAUCUGGGCAGAGCAUAACCUGACCUUGUUAGCACAGGACCGGGGGACCCCUUCACUGGCUGCCACCAGAGAUGUCACAGUUCACGUUGGUGAUAUCAAUGACAACGUGCCCCGCUUCAAAGCAAAUCUCUACCAUGUUUCUAUUGCUGAGAACAGUAUACCCCCUUCCGUUUUGCUGGCAGUCAGGGCCUAUGAUGUGGAUGCAGGCCUCAAUGGGAAAGUCACUUACAGUAUCCCAGAUGUGGGGAUUUCAGAGUGGCUCGCUAUUGAUGCCGGCGCUGGGGAGAUUUGGACCCGUACGGCUUUUGAUGCUGAAAAGAUGGCUGGCUUUGAGUUUAUUGUCACCGCUGAAGAUGCAGGCUGGCCUAAGUUGUCCUCUAACGUUUCUGUCAGGGUCACGGUACUCGACGUGAAUGAUAACUUCCCAGUUAUCACAGAGCCGCCGGUGGAAGGCGGGAGGGCAGUUGUUACUGUCCUGGUGGACACGGGCACUGGUCACGUGUUGAGGUCUGAGGGAGAAAAAGGUUCUGAUUCUGACCCCUCAGUCAGUGGUCCCCUGCUCUUUGCGAUCUCUGCCACCGAUGCAGACUCUGGCUUAAACGGAGCAUUGCUUUACAGCCUGCUGAGCGGCAACGAUGCUGGUUUGUUCACCCUGGAUCCCCACUCAGGGCAGGUUUAUCUGAACAGCAGCAAUGCCAGAGGCCUGGUGGGCCAUGAAUGGGACCUGGAAGUGUCUGUGAGUGACCGAGGGGAAAAACCGCUCUGCGCCAGAGUCUGGGUGAAGGUGACAUUUGCCAGACACCGGGAAGACAUGCCAGAUUCUUCCCCCAUGUCUCAGCCCCUCAGCUCCUCUGCUGUAAUAGGGAUUUGCCUUCUGGCAUUGCUUGCUAUCUUCCUGGUCAGCAUGACGCUGACGAUGUCUCUGUGUAAAAGGGAGAAACACGGCAACAUGACGUACAACUGCCGGGAGGCAGAACACGCCUACAGCCAGCAGCAGCCGAAGAAGCCCCUCAAACCCAUUCGAAAAUCAGAUAUCCACAUAGUGCCUGUGUUUCAGCGAGGAGAAGCUGAGAAACCCUGGUUAGAGGCUCCUCCAGAAGCUGCCUGGGACGAUGUCUCUGAGAUUCCAUGCCACAUGACGCCAACCCUGUAUAGGACCCUCCGGAACCAGAGAAUUCAGAGCGUCCUCACGGAGCAGAGCGAGGGAUUUGUUCUCCCUGCGGUGCUCAAAGUUGCCAAACCUCCUCACGCUCCCAAGUUCAAAGCACACAGUGUGACAGACACGCAGCCUGCGGAGGCAACCCCACGCGUCUCCUGUCCAAAGGACCUCUUGCCAGAAGCGGCUUCACAGCAGCAGGGCAGGCCCGGCCCUGAGACGGGUCUAGAGGAGGCCUGCAGUCGCCAGCAUAUCCUGAGGAGCUUGGUAAGACUCUCCAUGGCAGCUCUGGCUGAGCAAGGCCCCGCAGGACAGUUGGCACUGGAUUCCGGCCCUGUGCAGCAAAUUUCGCAGCUGCUGUCUCUUCUGCACCAGGGCCAAGUGCAGCCCAAGCCCAACCACAAAGGCAACAAAUACACAGCAAAGCAUGCCUGCUGCAGGAACACCAGCCCACAUGCUGAGGGACUCACUACCAAGAAGGGUUGCGGCAGCAAGCAUCACGACUUCGCACUGUUGGGAGAGGAGCUGGAGAACCUCCUGGAUUCUCCAUCAGGGCUGGACCCGGACCAGCUAACGGAAGCCGAUCCCGCCUGGAUGGCCAGGUUGUCCCUUCCCCUCUCAACUGAUUACAAGGUGAAUGUCGUUUCCCCAAGCGCUCAGCAGUUUCCUCCCAGCCAGGAAGCCACGGGCAGAGACGAACCACGCACUUUUGCGACCUUUGGCAAAGCUGCUGGGGAGGAACCGCAGCUGGCGAACACCUUCCUCUCGGAGAUGAGCACUCUGCUGGAGAUGAUUCUGUCUCAGAAGGCCAACUCCCAGGCAGACGUCUCCUUGGAGCUCUGGCAGCAACUCUCUGUGCGUCGUCGGACCUUAGAGCUGGAGGCGGGCGGGGUGGAGGCAGCAGGCAGCAAGGAGACAGGCACUGGCCUGGAGGUAUGAAGGGAGGAAGAGCACA